ACGGGGCAGGAUUAAUUCCCUCCCAAAAGCUGGGAAUUGCCGGCUUGGGGGAUCAUCCCGGUAGGCGCUUCCUGACGGGAUCGUGCCUUUGGAAAAGCCGCGCCCGCCCGGCCCGGAAUUCCAUGUGGGCAGUGUUUGGAUCCAGCUGAGUAAUCCCGGGAUUUGGAGGCAGCGCUGGAAAACGCCGCAUCCCGAGCAGCUCCGAUCGGCGCGGGAGCAGCGCCAUUCCCGUGGGAUGUGGCCAGGAGGGCUUUGAGGUGAAUCCCAUGGGAAGCUGAGCUGGAAAACCCCCGGGAUCCGGAGCCGACCAUGCUGAGCCCCAAGCCCCGGCUGCUCCGCGCCCACCAAGUGCCCGAGAGCUACCGGGAGCCGGGAAUUCUCUCCGGGUACCGCCCGCCCCGGAGUUCGGCCUCCGAGUGCCUGCUCAGCCUCUUCGGGAUGAACAACGAGACCCUCAACAUCUGGACACACCUGGUGCCCGCCGGGUAUUUUCUCUGGCUGCUCCUGGCGCGGCUCCGGGAUUUUGGGGAUGAUCCGGGGGCGGGGCCGUACCUGGCUUACCUGGGCACGUGCGCCCUGUACCCGCUGGCCUCGAGCUGCGCGCACACCUUGGCGGCCCUGGGCGGGCACGGCCGGCACCGCGCCUACUGCUGCGACUACGCCGCGCUCAGCAUCUACAGCCUGGGCUCGGCUCUGGCAUAUUCCGCCUACGUCUUCCCGCCGGAAUGGGUCGGGAGCACAUUCCAUGAUUUCUACAUUCCCGUGGCCGUGUUCAACUCCGUGCUCAGCACCGGCCUGUCCUGCUAUUCCAGGUUUCUGGAGGCGGAGCGGCCCUGCCUGAGCAAAGCUUCCCGAACUUUGGCCUUCGUGUAUCCCUACAUUUUCGACAGCAUCCCGGUUUUCUACAGGCUCUCCCGGGGCUGUUCCCAGGGCUCGCUCCCGCUGCAUUCCCGGCACAGCCUCUGCGCCCUCCUCACCUUCCUGAGCUUCACCUCCCGCCUGCCCGAGCGCCUGGCGCCAGGGAGCUUCGACUUCAUCGGGCACAGCCACCAGGUUUUCCACGUCUGUGGGAUUUUGGGAACGCUCUUCCAGCUGGAAGCCGUCUCCAUGGACAUGGAGGAGCGGCGGGGCCGCUUCCCACUUCCCUCUUCCCUGGAAACCUUCGGAUCCCUGGGAAUGGGAGUGGCCGCCAGCCUGGCCAUCCUCGGGAUCUGCUUCCACAACCUCCGCCCGGAGCCUCUUUCCCGGGAAAAAUCCCACUAGAAUCAGGGAUUGCCUCGGAUUUCUGGGAGCAGCCUCAUUCCAGAGGUGUCCAUGAGGACGAGGGGGAGUUUGAUCACCUGGAAAUAUUUCUUUGGGAUUUUCCCAAGGGAAAACUGCACUGUUUUUAUCCGUGGGUGGGCUUCCCAUCCCAUUGUUAUCCAUAGGGAAAGAGUCAAAUAAUCGGGAUUUGAUCCCUGAAAAGGGAGGGAAGCGCUCCUGCUUCCCAAAGGAUCCGGGAUCCCUCAGGUCUGCCUUGGAGAGAAAUCCAGGGAAUGUUGGAAUCCAAGCACUCCCUAAUUCCCAUUUUCCCU